AUGAACCGACUGACAGAAUACCCAACACUGCUGCUGGCCGUGGCGGGCUCGUACGUGAUAUGGAUACUGCUCCAAGGCUUUGUCCUGUCGCCUCUUCGACGGAUUCCCGGCCCAGCGCUCGCGCGAGUCACAGUCCUGCGAGCUCUACGCAACAGGCUGCCGAAAAAGGUCGUCCAGACGGCGCUCGCAGACUUUGAACGCUACGGCGACAUCUACGUCUCGCGGCCGGACACCGUCACCAUCAGCCACCCCGUCGAUGUCCGGGCUGUGCUCGGCGCAAGAGACUCGUGGAAGAUUGACGUGUACCAGGGCCUCCAGGACCCGGUGCUCAAGAACCUCGUAACGUUCAACCACCCGCAGCUCGCGAGCCAGAGGCGACGUCAAAUAAGCCCCUUUCUCAACAGCAAUGCAUACCUUGUGCAGAUGGAGGACACCGUCCUGGAGCACGGCGCCGUCGCUCUGAUGGCCAGGUGGAACGCCGGACUUGCGCAGAGCGAGGAGAUCGAGAUCAACUACAGAAACGACACGCAGCUGGCGACCUUCAACAUCAUGAGCGCGCUUGCGUUUGGCCGCGAUCUUUCGGGGCAGGCGGACAGCGCUGUUAUCGUGGACUGGAUUGCCGCAACGGCCGUCUACAUCGGCGUCAGCAUCAACUUCAAGGCGCUGCUGCACUUCCCGUUUUCUCUCGUCAUAGCCCCAUGGCUGGCAAAGUACAGGGAUUUUGUGCAGUUCGGCAAGGAGUCCGUCGCCCUGCGUCGUGAGAUGAUGGCGAGCGCCCUCUCCAGGGACGAGCUUCCCAAGGACGUGCUCCAGGCCUUCAUCGACGCCGAAGACCCGGACUCCAAGGUGAAGAUGACACCGCAGGAGAUUCAGGCAGAGAGCGUGGGCAUGCAGCUCGCGGGCAGCGAGACUACCUCCGCAUCGCUCACCUGGGCGCUUCACCUGUUCACUCUCUACCCCGAUGCGCUGCGCAGAGCGACGCUCGAGAUCCGCAGCCAGUUCGACGCCAACCAGCUCGUUCGAUACGCUGAUUGCCGGAAGACUCUACCGUUCCUGGAAUCCUUCGUCUAUGAAACAUUCCGCUACGCGCCCAUCACCUCGGGCUUCAUGCCCCGGACGUCGCCAAGGGACAUGGAGCUCCAGGGCCACUCUAUCCCAGCGGGAACGAAGGUCGCCUUCAACCUGCUGGCUCUGAACAACCGGAGAGACGUAUGGGAGACGCCGGAGAGAUUCAUCCCCGAUCGAUUCAUCGGCAACGAGGACGGCAAGAAGAAUAUAUUUGCGUUUUCAUACGGUCCGCGAAGCUGUGUUGGUCAAAACCUGGCGUGGAUGGAGAUCAUGACCAUCCUGGCCAACAUGCUGCUGCAUUUCGACAUUGCGCUCCCCAGAGACGCAGUUUACGGGCCAGAGAACGUUGGCGAAGGGGGCGUCCCGCGGCUGAUGGAGACGCAGUGCCAUAUUGUAUUUGCGCCGGUCCACCCCGAGCGGGAUUGCAGGCUACUUCUGUCACGGAAGAUCUGA